AUGGUAGAAGAUGAAGUACCUAAGAUUUUAUAUCAUUGCAGCAUAGCUUUGAGUAGGGGACACUUCAGAGGUACACGUACUGCAGCCAAAGUAUUGCUAGCUAGAUUCUUUUGGCCAACACUUUUCAAAGAUGCGUAUGCCUACGUAAAGAGUUGUGAUGGAUGCCAGAGGGUUGGAAACAUCACCAACAAAAAUAAGAUGCCCAGGAUAAACAACAUUGAGGCAGAAUUAUUCAACGUUUGGGGUAUUGACGUUCUCGAUCCUUUCCCUCCGUUGUUUGGUCACAAGUACAUAUUGGUAGCAGUAGACUACAUGUCUAAUGGGGUUGAGGCCAAGGCAUAUCCAACGAACGAUGCCAAGGUUGUGAUGAAGUUUUUGUAG